AUGGGCAAGGCUACCACCCCAACCGACCGCCAGUCGCGGAGACACAACCCUCUGCAGGAUGAUAUCCUUGCUACAGGUCCUUUGAAGAAUAAGGCGCCAAAGAAGAAGAAGGGCAAGAACGCGGACGAAGACGACAAUGGUGACGGCUUCGUUGAUGCGACACGGAGUCGCAAUAUUCUCAAGCUAGGCCGAGAGCUUGCCGAAGAGGACGGCUCUGCGAAGCCAGAAACCGUAGCGAAACCUACCGUCGACCUUUUCGGAAUCGAAUCGAGAUAUGGUGCCGAUGUGGGCGACGAGCAGGCAUACGACGACGAAGAGGCCUGGGGUGAGGAGGACGAAAUCGUUGAGGAGAUCGAGAUUGACCCCGAAGACCUCGAGACCUACCGAAAGUUCUUGCCCGAAGCUGAAGAUGACCCUGCUGCGAUGCUGAACCAGCACGGCUGGGGUAGCAAGGGCCCCGACGACGAGAUGGCUGGCGGUGGCACCAACUUGACGGAGCUCAUCCUGGAGAAGAUCGCGGCCCACGAGGCUGCCGAGGCCCGGAAAGCAGCAGGCGUGCCCGUCCGUGAUGAGGAUUAUGAGCUUCCUCCGAAGGUCAUUGAAGUGUACACAAAGGUUGGGCAUAUUUUGUCACGAUACAAGAGCGGCCCAUUGCCUAAACCCUUCAAAAUCCUGCCAACUCUGCCUCACUGGGAGGACAUCAUUGAGGUUACGGAGCCCCAAAAGUGGUCGCCCAACGCUGUAUACCAGGCGACGAGGAUCUUUUCCGCCUCGAAGCCCAUCGUCUGUCAGAAGUUCAUGGAGAUUGUUGUCCUCGACAAGGUCCGCGAGGAUAUCUACGAGAAUAAAAAGCUGAAUGUGCACUUGUUCAAUGCGCUGAAGAAGAGUCUGUACAAGCCCCGAGCGUUCUUCCUCGGCUUCUUGUUCCCUCUUCUUUCCAGCGGCUGCACGGUUCGCGAGGCGCAUAUUGUUUCUGCUGUACUCGUCAGAGUGUCAGUGCCGGUACUUCAUUCCGCUGCGGCCCUGAAGGGUAUUACUGAGAUUGCUGCACAGGAAGCCUCGCAGGGUACCGAGGGCGGUGGCGCGGCCAACAUCUUUAUCAGGGCUUUGCUAGAGAAGAAGUACGCCCUCCCGUACCAGGUCAUCGACUCGCUCGUAUUCCAUUUCUUGCGAUUCAGAAGCGUGGACCCUGCAUCCAUCAAGGAGGGUCAGUCCUUCUCUGGAGAUAUGGUUAAGUCGCUCCCCGUCGUCUUCCACCAAAAUCUUUUGGUGUUCGCCCAAAGAUACAGGAACGACCUGAGUGAGGAUCAGCGAGAGGCGUUGCUGGACUUGCUGUUGACUCACGGCCACCACUCGAUUGCGCCUGAAAUCAGGCGAGAGUUAUUGGCUGGCAGAGGAAAAGGAGUGGCUGUUGAGCAGCAGAGCGCCGUGUUCGACGGCGAUGAUACGAUGCUCGUGGAUUGA